AUGUCUCAGCAAAAAGACUGGCUUGCCCGACUGCCGGAUCACCCAAAUGUCCUUGCAACCCGACUUGAGAACCGUCCACUCCAUCUAAGCCACAAUAAACCUCACUUCGAAUCCGGAAAAAUCACAUUCGGAGGGCCCCUCUACUCUUCACAACCGAAGGAUCUCGAAGACGGCUUUAAAAAGAUUACUGGAAGUCUUCAUCUUUUCAAGGCUGCGAGCGAGGAGGAGGUGUGGGAGAUGAUUCGUAGUGAUCCUUAUGCGAAAUUAGGUGUGUGGAACUUGGAUGAGGUGGUGAUUACGCCUAUGAAGGUUUUUGUGAUUGCAAAGUUCGACGAAUUGAGGACCUUGCAGUUUGUGAUUUAG